GGAGUUGGACGGCCCUCCAUCACCAAUAUAUAAUUCACACCCCACCCACCCGCACACCCACACACAUCCAAAAUGUUGCGUAACACGCCUCUUGGUGCCACACCCACCUACAAACUACUACUGGGAUUCGGACUCUGCUCCCUUGGUGGAGCUAUGCUAUAUGCAUACUUUAAGAAUCGCCCCGACGAGGAUGAUCAGGAGGACUCCAACAACAGCCAAAAGGCGGCCGCUAGAAACGGAAGCCAGGAGCCAAAGGCCCAAAAGGAGGUCUGCCUCAAAAUUGUGGUGAACAACGAACAUGUGCCCCUGAUAAUGGGUCGCGGCGGCUCGAAUAUCAAACUGAUUGAGGAAAAGACCUCGGCCAAGAUAAGAUUACGAGACAAGGACAGUAGCCAGAAGUUCUGCGACAUUACCGGUGUUCCCGAUGCCGUGAAAGCUGCACGGGUUCUUCUCAUCAAGGAGAUUGAACGGGCGCCCGUGGUUAAAGUGGAACUACAAGUGCCCCAGAGGCUGGUCAAUAAACUGAAUACCCGCGGUGGGGAGCUGGUCCAGGAGAUAAGGUCCAAUUCCCUGGCCAAACUGAGCAUAGAUCCAAAUGGCCGGAACGGCAAGGCUAAAAUCACAAUCGUGGGCAACCAGAAGCAGGUGAAUAUUGCCCGAAAGCUACUGGAUGAUCAAAUCGAAGAGGAUGAGGAGCUGCGUCGAUCCGUGGAGGAGGUGGAGCAACGUCGGGAACCUCGACGAUCGCCCACAAACAGCAUUGCAUCCUCCAGCCUCUAUUCCUCUCAGACGUCGCUCAGUUCGCACACGCAGCCGCGGGACAAACUGAUGGCUUCUAAAGGCGAUGGCAAGCCCAUGGAGGUUUACGUUUCCGCUGUGGCCUCUCCAACCAAAUUCUGGGUACAACUGGUCGGACCGCAGUCCAAAAAGUUGGAUAACAUGGUGCAAGAGAUGACAAGCUAUUACAGCAGUCCCGAGAACAGAGCCAAGCACACCCUAACAUCGCCCUACAUUGGCCAGAUUGUGGCCGCCGUUUUCAAGUUUGAUGAGAAGUGGUAUCGCGCCGAGAUUGUCGACAUAAUGCCCAACCAGUACAAUCCCCAGGAAACGGUUAUUGAUCUGUACUUUGUGGACUAUGGGGAUAGCGAGUAUAUAUCGCCGGCAGAUAUCUGUGAGCUGCGCACUGAUUUCCUAACACUGAGGUUUCAAGCUGUAGAAUGUUUCCUGGCCAACGUGAAAUCCACCAUCCAAACGGAGCCUAUUACCUGGCAAAAGUCCUCCAUUGUUAAGUUUGAGGAACUGACUGAAGUGGCCCAUUGGCGGAAGUUGAUUGCCCGUGUGGUGACCUACAAAGAGCGCCCAAAAACUACCACAUCCGUGAACUCAGCCGCCAAGGAGGGCACCCCUUUGCCCGGUGUGGAACUCUUUGAUCCUUCCGAGGGUGCCGAAGUGAAUAUUGGGGACUUGAUGAUCACGCAGGGUUUUGCCUUACCCCUGGACGAGUCGUACCCCGUGAGAUCUCGCAGCUCUACGCCCUCCGCUCGCAGUGAUUCCACCAUCGAGGAGCUAAGCGUUAGCAGUCCCGUAACUCCAUUCACCUCUCAGUCACCCAUGUCAAUGUCCAUUGAUGCUGAGAGCAUUUCGCUGGCGGAGGACGCACACCUUGCCCAGCAAAUACAGCACCUGCAGCAGAAGCUUAAUGGCAACACAAUCGGAACGAUUAAUCCUGCCAAAUUAUCGGUGGCAGAUCUCGAAAAUGGGAAUAACAAUCAUGCAAACAGCACUACUAAUGGAGGCGUUACUCAUUAGGAUUCACAUUGUUACUAGUUACUCUCCUCGCCUAAGUGUUAAUACCUAAUAUGAGAAGGAGCUCACCAUUUGACGUGUACAUAGAGUAUAGACUUUAAGGAGCUUAUAUUACUUUAAGAAAAUGAACAAUUUUUUAAUUUAUCGUCGUGAUCACCCGUGACUGCUCGACAUAUCCUAGAUCCUAGAAGCUGACGAUGGACCGGUACAGAUCCUUAAUUGUUUGUAGAAAGCUAUGCCAUGUUACUUAUUGUUAGCAAUAGAAGACAAAUUUCAUUUGUACAUCAACCCAGUACACAAAGACCACACAAACAAAUUAAAAGAAAUGCUUUUUAUAAGAAAGUGAAA